AUGAACGCAGAAAUGAGAGAGGGCUCGUCGGCACUGCCACAAUUGCAAGCGCAUUCUCCAGUGGCCGAUAAUAUUGACUUGAUGGAUAUCGAUGAGCCAGCUUCGAACGGCUCAUUUGAAGAAUCCCCUGCCACUCCCUUCGACGAUGAUGCUUUCGUCAACGCUGGGGAUACCGACCAAGAAGAUGAUGACCCCGAUACCAAGAAAUGGAUAGUCAACGAUUCGCGGAAGCCGCGCAAGAUCUCCGAGAAGAAACGAGCAGAUCAUGCCGCCUUUGACGUGUGGAUUGAGGAGAACCAGCAGGACCUUUCUAAAGGCCUUGAUAAGUUUAUUGUCGACGACGACGGCAAGACUUUCCAGUCGCUGAUCAGGGACUUUGAAAACAAGCGCAUCAUCACCAGCCCCCGUGACUACCAGCUCGAGCUUUUCGAGCGGGCAAAGACGCAGAACACCAUUGCCGUACUCGAUACGGGCUCUGGCAAGACCCUAAUCGCAGCCUUGCUCUUGCGGUGGACUAUUCAGAAUGAGCUGGAGGACCGGUCUAAACGUCUUCCGAAGCGCAUCGCUUUCUUCCUCGUUGACAAAGUUGCUCUCGUGUUCCAGCAACAUGCGGUCCUAGCUUGCAAUCUAGACUACCCUCUAGAGAAGUUCUGCGGCGACAUGGUCGAGGAUGUGACCCAAGAUUUCUGGCACAAGACCUUCGACGAGAAUAUGGCCAUUGUCUGCACGGCUGAGAUUCUCUACCAAUGCCUCACCCACUCUUACAUCCGGAUGGACCAGGCCAUGACAGCCUCUCCUGUCGAUGCUCAGAUCGACCCAAAGAUUGCUCGCUCGCCUGAGCUUGAAGGUCUCCUUCACAGUCAGAUCGCCACCGUGGCUGACCCGACCGCUCUUCACAACAGCUCAACCAAACUGAAACGCGAGGUGACGGUCGAGUAUGGCAAAUGUUUGCCCGAGUUUGAAACAGGACUCAACCGGGCCCUGAAGGACCUCGUCGGUGAACACCGCUUGUUCCAGAAACCUUUCGCCUUCACUGCCACGGCGGCCUCUGAGCUUGGCCCCUGGUGUGCCGACCGGUACUGGCAGCUGUUCUUUCGAGGGGAGGAAGUGGUCAAGCUGGAGGCCAAGACAGAGAGAGAGAUUCUCCGUAAAUCCGCGUACAGCCAAGAAAUAGCCGCGCAGGUCAACAAGGUGCGGGAGGCGCAUAGGCUGGUGGGCCAGCACGAGUUCGCAUCCCCAAGCUCCGACCUACUAUCGUCCAAAGUCGUCAUACUAUUGAGGAUUCUCCGAGGUGAAUUCCGUGGCGUCGACCACAAGCGGCGAUGCAUUGUUUUUGUCAGGCAGCGGAACGUGGCUUCACUCCUGACCGACCUACUGCAGCAACCAGAGAUGAGAAUCCCAGGCCUCGAGCCCGGUAUUCUGGUCGGGGGCGGCCGCCCCGAGGCGAGCUACGACAACGCCAAAGUGACAUAUCGUGACCAGGUUUUGACCAUCAUCAAGUUCAAGAAGGGCGAGCUCAACUGCAUCUUUGCCACCUCGGUCGCCGAGGAGGGGCUCGAUAUCCCUGACUGCAACGUCAUCAUAAGAUAUGACCUCAACAAUACCCUGAUCCAGUACAUCCAGUCCCGCGGGAGAGCUCGCCAGGAAGGCUCGAUAUACAUUCACAUGGUUGAAUCGGAAAACGAAGAACAUGUAAAGAAGGUAUGCCAAAACCAAGAGAGCGAAGAUGCUCUCCGAAAGUUUUGUGAGGCCCUGCCGGCAGACAGGAAGCUCACGGGAAACAACUUCGACAUGGAGUACUUCCUGCGCAAGGAAAAAGACCAGAGGCAGUAUACCGUCCCGGAAACCGGUGCGAGGCUCAAUUACAAGCAGAGCUUGAUAUGCCUGGCAGCCUUUGUAGCCUCGCUCCCGCACCCGCCCGAGGUCAAUCUGACCGCCGGCUACCUCGUCCUGUCGGUCCCAGGGGGCUACCAGUGCGAGGUGACCUUACCGGAGUCAUCUCCCAUCAGGAGUGCGACUGGGAAGGUGUAUGCGAGCAAGGCGGUGGCCAAGUGCUCGGCAGCCUAUGAGAUGUGCCUCAUGCUGAUCAAAGGCAAGUAUCUCGAUCAGCACCUGCGGCCCACCUUCACCAAACAGCUCCCUGCCAUGCGCAACGCCCGGCUCGCUGUCAGCUCCAAGAAGAAGGAGCAGUACAAGAUGCGCAUCAAGCCCGAGCUGUGGUCUGUCCUGGGCGAGCCUACGGAGCUUUUCGCCAUGGCACUGACCCUGGCGGACCCCACCGCCCUCGCCCGUCACUCGUCUCCGCUCCUCCUCUUGACCCGGCAGCCGAUUCCGCAGAUUGCUUCAUUCCCACUCUACUUUGGAAAGAACCGCUCCUCGGCAGUUCACUGUGUCCCGGUACCCGGACGGGUGGAACUCGAUGACAAUCAAAUCCAAGGGCUGGUCGCCGUUACCUUGGCCAUCUUCAAGGACAUAUUCAGCAAGGAAUACGAAGCCACAGCUGCCCAGCUGCCGUACUUUCUCGCUCCGACGCUGAUGCAACACGGCUCCGAUUUUACGUCUGUCACCGACCUAAGCCGCAUUGUCGAUUGGGGCGCAGUGACGUUCGUUCGGGACAACGAGCGCGUUGCGUAUGCUUUGGACGACGAGGCGGACGAAUUCUUCAAGAACAAGUAUGUUGCUGAUCCGUACGAUGGUUCUCGGAAGUUCUUCCUGCGAGGCCGCCGCCACGAUAUGAAACCAACCGACAUGGUCCCCGAGGGCAUCGUUACCCCGGGCCACAGGGCCUGGCGCGUAUCGUGCAAGACGCACGAUAUUCUCAACUACAGCCUCAGCGCGUGGUCAAAGUCACGGGCCUUCCUCACUCCGAGGGAGGACCAACCAGUUGUCGAGGCCGAGUUGCCGGUGGACCUGGUUGCCAUGGCGUACAACUUCCCGGCCAUCAUGCACCGCAUCGACUCGAACCUUGUCGCCCUGGAAGCCUGCAAAAUGCUCAAUCUUAAUGUUCGUCCGGACCUUGCGCUCGAAGCGUUUACCAAGGAUAGCGACAACUCGGGCGAGCACGAUGCGGAGCAGAUCAGCUUUCAGAGCGGCAUGGGCAACAACUACGAGCGGCUGGAAUUCCUCGGGGACUGCUUCCUCAAGAUGGCCACCACCAUCUCUAUCUUCACCCUCAUUCCCGACAAGGCCGAGUUCGAGUACCACGUCGAGCGCAUGCUUCUGAUCUGUAACCGCAACCUGUUCAACAACGCGCUCGAGGUCAAACUCGAAGAGCACAUCCGCUCCAUGGCUUUCGACCGCCGGAGCUGGUACCCGGAGGGUCUGACGCUGAAAAAGGGCAAGCGCAAAGACCUCACGCGCCAGCACGUCCUCGCGGACAAGACCAUCGCCGACGUCUGUGAGGCGCUCAUUGGCGCGGCCUACCUGACAGCCCAGGAACAAACGCCGCCCAAUUUUGACCUCGCCAUUCGCGCCGUCACCGUCAUGGUCAAGGACAAGAACCAUACCAUGACGUCCUACUCGGACUACUACGCCGCCUAUUCCCCACCGGCGUGGCAGACGGCGCCGUGCAACUCGACACAGCUCGACAUGGCGGCGCGCUUCGAGGCCCGCAUGGGCUACGCCUUCACGCACCCACGCCUGCUGCGGUCCGCCUUCCAACACCCGACCUACCCGUCCGUGUACGAGAAGCUGCCCUCAUACCAACGCCUCGAGUUCCUCGGCGACGCCCUCCUCGACAUGGCCUCAGUCGAAUUCCUCUUCCACCGCUUCCCGGGGGCCGACCCCCAAUCGAAGACGCCUUGCAAUCGGCACGCGACGACGCCGUCGCCCGGGGACCUCCCCGCCGAGUCCUUCGCGCGCGACUUCUGGGUGCGCUGCUCGCGCCCGCCCAAGUGCCUCCCGGACGUGGUCGAGGCCUACGUCGGCGCCGUGUUUGUCGACAGCCGCUACGACUUUGCGCGCGUCCGCGCCUUCUUCGCCGACCACGUCCGCCCCUUCUUCGAGGACAUGCGUCUGUACGAUGCUUUCGCCAACAAGCACCCCGUCACUUUCCUCGCGGGCAUCAUGCAGGGCCGCAUGCGCUGUGCCGAGUGGCGGCUGCUGGUCAAGGAUCUGCCGCCGGUGGUGGGGGCGGGGGCGGGGACGGAGUUGGAAACGCCCCAGGUGGUGUGUGCGGUGCGGGUGCAUGGCCUGACGCUGGCGCAUGCGGUCGCGGCGAGUGGGAGGUAUGGCAAGAUUGCGGCGGCGAAGAAGGCGAUCCAGGUGCUGGAGGGGAUGGAUGCGGAGGCGUUUAGGAAGGCGUAUGGAUGCGCUUGUGUGCUGGGGGAGGAGGAGCAGCAGGCGGCGCAAACCAUCGCCACCGAGCUGGAGGUGUUCCCCGCAUUCAGUGCGAGCGGUUUGGAGGUGGCGCAUCAUGGGUCGGCGGUUUAA